AUGGUCGAAAAUCUAUCAUCGCAAUUGCCAACAUUAGACAAAUAUAUUGGACGUAUUAAACGACAACAAACCGAAGAUAAAGAUUGUCUGAAAUGGGAUAUUGAGAAAGGCUUACCUCAUCUACCGGUGCCAAGUUUAGAUGCCACAUUGACUAAAUAUCUUCGUUGUUUGGAACCAAUUCAAUCACGAGAUGAGUUCGAUCGAACAAAAGCCUUAGUCGAUCGAUUUCGUUCAUCCGAUACUAAUGUUGGGCAACAUUUACAAGAUAUGCUUACGGAACAUGCAGCAAAGUCUGAGAAUUAUGCUGUAGAUUGGUGGUUAGAAGAUAUGUAUCUUGCCAAUUCGCUUUCCUUACCCAUAAAUUCUAAUCCAGCAUUCGUUUUGCCUCAACAACAUUUUACCGACACAGAAGAUUAUUUAAAAUUUAUCGCUAAACUAAUAUCAGGUAUAUUAGAUUAUAAAGUAUUAAUUGACGCUCGAGCAUUACCCAUCGAUCGAGCAACAAGCCGUGAAAAAGGUCAACCUCUAUGCAUGGAACAGUAUUAUCGUUUAUUUUCUUGUUAUCGUAUGCCCGAUGUAUCCAUAGAUCGUCUUCUACAAAUGCGUAAUAGUAAAUUACUUUAUCAUCAAGGUGAACAUGUUAUUGUUGCAUAUCGAAAUCAAUUUUUUGUUUUAAAUGUUAUCGUUAAUUUUACAAGAUUAGAUGAAGAUGAUAUUUAUACAUUAUUAAGGCGUGUCGUGCAAAUAGCAGAUGAUGAUCCAUGGUCGACUGAUGAAGUCGGUAUUUAUACAUCAUUACCAAGACGUACGUGGGCACAUGUUAGAACGGAACUAAUGAAAGAUGCAUUAAAUCGUGAUUCACUUGAUCUUAUUGAACGAUGCAUUUUUCUUGUAUGUUUGGAUCAAGCGGAUAUACCUGAUUUGGACGAAGAAGAGGAUCUUGUUAAUUUUAAUACAGCAGUAAAACGUGAUUUCGUUUCAUUAGGCGAACAAAUAUUACACGGAGGCAAAAAUAUGCUUAAUGCUUCAAAUCGUUGGUAUGAUAAAACUAUGCAAUUUAUUAUUGGUACUGAUGGUAUGUUUGGCUUAAAUUAUGAACAUUCGCCAGCUGAAGCUAUUGCUGUUAUUCAAUUAAUUGAACAUCUUUUUAAAUAUAUAGACGAAAAAACUCGUGAAAGAUUUCAUCGUUCAAAAUCAUUAUGUGAACUUCCAGUACCACAUCGAUUAAAAUGGAAUUUGAAUCAAUUUUUAAGACAAAAUAUUUCUCUAUCAAAAGAACUAUUACAAAAUGCAAUACAUGAUUUUGAUUUAUAUAUUCUUAAAUUUACCGAUUAUGGAAAAGAGUUUCCAAAAAAACAUAAUAUGAGUCCUGAUGCAUUCAUUCAAAUGUGUCUUCAAUUUACUUAUUUCAAAAUGUACAAUAAACUCGUAUCAACCUACGAAAGUGCAUCAACACGACGAUUUCAUUUUGGUCGUGUAGAUAAUAUUCGAGCGAAUACACCUGAAGCACUCGAGUGGGCACGAGCUAUGGUUGACGAAAGUGGAAACAUAUCCGCAGCUGAAAAAUUACGUUUAUUCCGGCAAGCUAUGCAAGCGCAAACUGACCUUAUGAUUCAAAAUAUCCUUGGCAAUGGAAUGGAUUGCCACAUGCUCGCUCUUAAACAAAUAGCACGUGAUAAUCAUCUUCCAAUUCCAGAUCUAUUUCUUGAUCCCAGCUAUGAAUUAAGUAAUCACUUUAGUCUAUCAACAAGUCAAGUAACAACAAAUAUAAAUGACUCAUUUAUUUGUUAUGGUGCCGUUGUACCCGACGGCUAUGGUUGUUCCUACAAUGUUCAUUCAGAUAGUAUUCUUUUUUGUUUAUCAUCAUUUAGUAGUUGUUCAACAACCAAUUCUCGCGAAUUUGCUGAAUCAUUGACCGAUACACUCUAUGAAAUUCGUGAUUUAUGCACAUUGGUGCAACAUGAACAACAAACCAUAGCUCUUCGGCGUCCGUCAUAUGCUGCAAAAGUUGCUGCGCAAAAGUUUAUUUCAUCUACAUCAGUCGAAUCAAACGAACACAAUACAGUUUAA